AUGGACAAUUCCGAAAAUAAGAAAAGUAAAAAAAACCGCAAGGUACCUAACAAGACUUUAAGACAAACAUCAUCAGAACAGAAAGAAAACGUUCCCAAAAAUGUAAAAGGUACAGUUAGUAAAAGUGAACCAGAAGGUGGAAUUGCUAAAUCUAAACUGUUGUUAAUGAAGAAGAAUAAAACCCGUGCAAGAAGGCAACGGAUUUGCCCCAAUGGUAAGCCUUUACCUUCCUUAUCUCAACUGAAGAAAUUCUAUGAAGAUGAUGAUGAUAAUGAUACUGAUAAUCGAAAUAGUAAUACGACAAAUCCAAAACAAAAUUCAUGUACAUCCCCUACACCAGAUAAGCUUUUAUCAAAUUGUGACAACAAAACAAUCCAAAUAUCCCCUUCAACCAUAAAAAGAAUAUCUGAGAAAAUGGAAAAAUUAAUAGACAAUAUCUCUGAUCCCUGUCAACUGCUUGAAGAUUACCCUAUUUUAUUACCCUUGGAACCAAUAGAUUCACCACCGCCACCCGCUAUAAUACCACCAAAAAAGAGAAAGAAACCUGAAGUUCCAUAUAUUGUUGGUUGCAAAGAACGCCCGCAAGUACCAAGUAGAGCAAGCACAAAUUUUUGUAAAGGUGAUAAAGAUUAUGGUAUAUCUUCUUCAGGUGCUGAUCCAGAAGAAGAGGAACCAAAAAAGAAGAAAGCUAAAAAGUCAAGUAUUAAAAGUUACUCAAAAUCCACUUUCAAUGCUCUCAGUGAUGAAAUUUCAAAAAAGCUGACUGAGAAUGAAUCGGGUAAUGUUAGUGAUUGUAGUUCCGAUAGUAAUAAAACAAUAGAAUAUGAUGUAACACCAUAUACACCUUAUCAACCUCUGAAACCUCGGCCAUUUUCACCACUUCCAAGUACUUCUAGAGACAGAGAAACUUUUAUAAAAAAUGAUGAGUUAUUUAAUGAAAGUUUAAAGGGAAUUGAUGCAAUAGAACAAUCACCCCCCCUAACAGAAAAAGCCACUGAAAAUAGCAAUGUAAAACUAGAGAAAAUUACAACAGCACAAGAAUCUUCUCAAAAUGAAGUAGAAAUUAUAGAUAUACCAUAUGACACUAUUGUAAUUGAUGAAAAUAGUGAUACAUUUUCACAAAAUAAGAUUAAAAACGAAGUUGAAAACUCUGACUUAAUUCAAAUACUAGAGCCAGAGGCUAUCAAAGUUCCCAAAGAUGAACAAAUAAUGAGUAAUUUGACCAAUGAUGAAGAUUGUAUAAUUAUUACAAAUGAAACUGUAAAUGAGGAUUCAAGAGAAACUAUAAUUAUUGAAGAUGAAUACAGUUGUAUCAACGAACCAUAUCCACUUAAUGAUGAUGAACCAUAUGAUGUUAUAAAUAUAGAUGAUAUACUAAACGAAAAUAAAUCUAUACUUAGUAAAUGGAAAAAUAAAACAACAGAAUUAAACCAAAUAACUACAGUAAUUGAAGUUCCAGACGAUUAUAGUAAUACUAGAAUGUCAUCGACAACUACUGUCACUGAUUCCACAAAUAAUAAUCAAUCAAAUUCACACACUAAUCAAAAUGAAAGUGUUGUCAUAGUAGACUCCCAGAGUCCUCAAACAGUAACUGAAGACAGUCAAAUUCAACCAACAGUGCUGCAACAGAAUGAGCAAACUAAUCAAACAUCAGAACCAGUUGAAAUUAUUCAAGAAGUUUCACAACCACAGGGAUCCGUAUUUAAAAAUAUACUUGAAGACUUUUUUAAACAACGAACGCGAAAAGGAAGGCCUAAUAACACUCAACAAUUGGAAAGGAUAUUUGAAUCAUUUAUAAAUACAGCACCAAGUACUAAUAACAGCAAUCAAAUAGGAACAGUAAAUAAUGUUGAUAGUCAUACAGUAACCAACAAUUUACGAAUUCAAGAAAGCAGGCAAAGGGCUUGUGAAGCCGUGAGCACUUCACCUCACCAAACCACCAGCACCCCUCGACAACCAUCACCAGAACCAAAAAGAAGUUUAGGAGAUUGUCCUAUUUGUUUGGACUCGCUCACCUCUAAUGGAAUUGCUUCCACGUUAUGUGGUCAUGUUUUCUGUGUGGAUUGUAUAAAAACAGCUAUUAGACAAAAUGGAAAAAAAUGUCCUACUUGUCGGAAAGCUCUGAAAGGUCCAAAUGGAGGAUACCAUCUAUUGUAUUUAUAA